AGGCUCCUGCCUUGCAUUGUGCUUAUCCAGUGACUUGAAAUCACUUUCGGUUGUGACAGAAGUAGACAAUGGUCCGGACACCGAUCUUGAAAUAACAUACUUCCAAAUGGAUACCAGUCUGCUCUCAACCUAUUUACCAGAAGUGACACGAAUGGCCCGAAAAUUUACACAUAUUUCAACUCUUCUGCAGUACAUAAAGCUUUCGCUGACCUGCAUGUGUGAAGCUUGGGAAGAAAUAUUGCUGCAGAUGGAUUCACGGUUAACCAAAUUUGUGCAGGAGAAAAAUACAACCACGUCUGUGCAAGAUGAAUUUAUGGAGUUACUUUUGUGGGGCAAAGCAAGUAUUGAACUUCAGGCCCUGCUAAUGAACCAGCUAACCGUAAAGGGUUUAAAAAAACUUGGCCAGUCUAUGGAAUCUUCCUACUCCAGUAUUCAGAAGCUUGUGAUAAGUCACCUGCAGAGGUAAAAUUCAGCAGGUGCAUGGAUUUAGAUCAGGAGGUGGGUGGGAUUCAGCCGGUUGGGACCAGUUUGGAUGAACCGGUAGUUCUGUCAAUGAGUUGGCCCCGCCCAUCCGCCCCUGCACUUGUCUGUCCUAUAUUUCCUUAGUUUGAAGCCCAGCUGAUAGGAGCGGAUUGCCACGCCUAUCAGCUGUUUUACUCACUGGGGCUGAAGGUAAGGCAAGUUUUAGAGCUGUUGUCAAACACACCAAACGAAGCGCACACUCACCAAACCGGUUGUUUACACCGCUUGAAUCCCACCGCUGAUUUAGAUACGUUGAUGAUGUUUCUUAACUUGGAGAGUUCUCAGUAUUAUUAUUGCUCUUCUCUCCAUUAUAACUCUAA